AUGAAACCAAAGCUUGAGUACUUGUACGUAUUGACGAUAAUGGCGCCGGCUUAUUCACAACAGAAGUUUAGAAGCAGCAAUUCAUCGGAAAAUGAAGAGAAAGAGAAGAAAGAAAAUGAAAAGAAAGAAGAUAGCGAUAAAUCAUAUGCAUUAGGACCCUCGUGUGAUUCACACGACUUCGAUUCACAACCCUCUUGUUCUUCUGUUUCUUAUGAAUAUUUAAAGGAUCAAAUGAGACAUAAACUUUUUACUUUUGCCAGAAAAUGUGAUCGUCGUAGAAUUUCAGACAGCAGCUGCAUCCCUUUUUUCCACUCUCCUGCAGGACCUUUGCCUUAUCAGCGAACGAAUACUAACAAACUUAUCGAUCGAAAUAAAGUGCAUAGAGAACGUGAAAGACACAGACAAAAUUUACAACAAUCAAAUUACACAGGAUCCCAGUUAUCCCAGUUACCUUAUACGAGGUCCACAGGUACAAAACAGGUUCAGGCACCUUUACUCAGUACCCCUAAAGAUGAUAAAGUCCUAGGAGUCAUUUUCGAGAAUUUUCUUCACAUCCCCAAUGAAUUCGAUUCUAAAGUUGAAUACAUAGACACCGUCGAGGACGUCAUUAAUAAUUUUGAAUAUGCGGAAACUGAAGAAGCUUUAUCCCUAAACCAACCGAUUUUGAAGGUGGAUCCAACAAGGAACAGUACCAGUUAUAAUGUAUCAGACCAUCGCAAUACCCAACAAUUGCGAAACUUGAGGACACCUAACAAGAUCGCUCUUAACAUCCAAAGCAAAGGAAAAAGCUUAACAGAUAAUUCCAGACAAGAAGAAAAAAACAGGAGAGAUAAGAAAACAUUAGAUAUGUCAGCGGCUACGGGUCUGACGGUAGACCAGGUGAAUCAUAAGAGGCGACGCCCUGACUACGUCAACAGCGCAGCGGCCGCCUCGAAGCAAAGUAACCUGCAAAGCCCGACGCUCUGUCUUCCCGGAGUGAGUCCCCCGACCGCUCAGUCAAUUGCCCCUGCUGCUAAUGAGACAACGCCGCUCGAACUCCCCUCCACCACGGAGGUCGGAUCUUGCCGGAAGCGUCGUCGUAUUGUGUCUCCAGCCGCUUCUACGAAGCGGCCAUGCGCUCCACUAACAACGUAG